UCCCACAAUCCUCUCGUGCGCGGCGCUCCGGAGAUGGCGCUGCUGGCGGCUCCGCGCAGCCUGGCGGCGGCCGCUUCACACAGACGGCGGCUGCUCGCCCUCAUCCUGCUGCGGCCUCCGGCGGCCGCCGCCUGCGCGCACGGCUGUGUGGCGGGCGGCGGGCGGCAGCGGGCCCGCGCCGCCGCGGAGAGCGGCCAGAUUUCACCAGUCUGCAAGAAAAGAUCAUGGCACAGUCUGGGGGGAGAUUAUUCAAGGCCAUUGUUACAGGCUUCAGAGAUCCUCCCGAGGUGGCGACUGAUAGAAAAGAGAAUGUGUUGGCAUGGUCACGCAGGUGGAGGGCUUCACACAGACCCAAAGGAAGGGCUGAAAGAUAUAGAUGCCAAAAAGAUUAUCAGAGCAAUGUUGUCUUAUGUGUGGCCCAAAGACAGACCCGACCUGCGAGCCAGAGUAGCCAUAUCUCUGGGGUUUUUAGCAAGUGCAAAGGCCAUGAAUAUAUUGGUUCCCUUCAUGUUUAAGUAUGCAGUAGACAGCCUCAACCAGAUAUCUGGAAACGUCCUCAACCUCAGUGAUGCACCAAACACAGUGGCCACUGUGGCCACCGCGGUUCUCGUUGGCUAUGGUAUCUCAAGAGCUGGGGCAGCAUUAUUUAAUGAAGCUAGAAAUGCAGUGUUUGGGAAAGUAGCUCAAAAUUCAAUCAGAAGGAUAGCAAAGAAUGUCUUUCUGCACCUUCAUAACCUGGAUUUGGCGUUCCAUCUAAGUAGGCAAACCGGAGCUCUGUCAAAAACCAUCGACAGGGGAACAAGAGGCAUCAGUUUUGUUCUUAGUGCUUUAGUAUUUAAUCUGGGACCUACCAUGUUUGAAGUGGCUCUAGUCAGUGGAAUUCUGUAUUACAAAUGUGGUGCAGAGUUUGCUUUGGUAACUCUGGGGACACUGGGAACCUACGCAGCAUUCACAAUAGGAGUCACACAGUGGAGGACUAAGUUUCGAAUAGAAAUGAACAAAGCAGAUAAUGAUGCAGGUAAUGCUGCAAUUGACUCGCUACUGAAUUACGAGACUGUGAAGUACUUCAAUAAUGAAAAGUAUGAGGCCCAACGGUAUGAUGAAUUCUUGAAGACCUAUGAAAAUGCCUCCCUGAAGACUACCUCUACUUUAGCUCUCCUGAAUUUUGGACAGAGUGCUAUAUUUAGUGUUGGCUUAACAGCCAUCAUGGUGCUUGCUAGCCAGGGCAUUGUUGCAGGCAGCCUUUCUGUUGGAGAUCUAGUAAUGGUGAAUGGAUUGCUGUUCCAGCUUUCUCUUCCCCUAAACUUCCUGGGAACAGUAUACAGAGAGACAAGACAAGCACUUAUAGAUAUGAAUACCUUGUUUACACUUCUCAGUGUAGAUACCAAAAUUAAAGACAAAGAGCUGGCUCCACCGCUGCAGAUCACACCACAGACUGCUGCCAUCGCCUUUGACAAUGUGCAUUUUGAAUACCUUGAGGGGCAGAAGGUUCUUGCUGGAGUGUCUUUUGAAGUCCCUGCAGGAAAGAAAGUGGCCAUUGUAGGAGGUAGUGGGUCAGGGAAAAGCACAAUUGUGAGAUUAUUAUUUCGUUUCUAUGAACCUCAGAAAGGAAAUAUUUACAUUGCUGGACAGAACAUACAAGAUGUCAGUUUGGAAAGCCUGAGAAAGACAAUAGGAGUGGUACCUCAGGAUGCUGUUCUCUUCCAUAAUACUAUUUAUUACAAUCUGCUCUAUGGCAAUAUUGGUGCAACACCAGAAGAUGUGUAUGCAGUAGCAAAGCUGGCAGGAAUCCACGAUGCCAUCCUCCGAAUGCCAAAUGGUUACAACACUCAGGUUGGUGAACGAGGACUCAAGCUCUCAGGAGGAGAAAAGCAAAGAGUUGCAAUUGCUAGAGCAAUGUUAAAGGAGCCGCUGAUUUUUCUCUAUGAUGAAGCCACGUCAUCUUUAGACUCAAUAACAGAAGAGAACAUUCUGAACGCCAUGAGGGACAUGGUGAAACACCGAACGUCGGUUUUCAUUGCUCACAGGUUGUCAACGGUCGUGGAUGCAGAUGAAAUCAUCGUGCUGGAUCAGGGUAAAGUCGUGGAACGUGGUAGACACGCAGACCUCCUUGCCAGUCCUAGCAGUCUCUACUAUGAAAUGUGGCACACGCAGAGCAGCAAAGUACUAAAUAGUCAUAACAAUCCAAACUGGGAAGAGAGAAAUAAUCAGGUUUCCAAAGAGGAGGAAAGGAAGAAACUAGAAGAAGAAAUUGUCAAUAGUGUGAAAGGCUGUGGAAACUGUUCAUGCUAAGUAUGAUCCUGGAUUCAUCUUCUACACCAGGUUAAAAAUGCACAAGAUUACAAUGAAGUGCAGCUCUUGGGGUUUUUUUUUAAACUUCCUGGGUUUUGCAGUUUUUGGGUUUUACAGUUUCUCAGAGGGGACAUAAUUUCAACCAAAGGAGUUCUAUUUUUACAUCUUUAGAGAUAUCUAAUAUUCAGUGGCAUAUGCAAGAGCUGAGCUUUUUCAAAAACUUUAAACUUCUCAACCAAGAGUGUCACCUGUGGCAAUUUUUAGGCAUCAGUAAAUUCUCCUGGUAGUUACUUGAGGUGGAUUAUUAAUUUGCAAACAGAUUUGUCCUUGAUUUAUGUUAUUUAUGUUAUUUCUCAUCAUUGAUAGUUGAAAUAUGACAUGUUUAAUUGCAGUUGGGCUAAUUCAAACUCAUUUGCUACGGAGGAAGAUGCAAUUUCAAUUCUUCUGUCGUGUUCUGGUUCUUGUAAACAAUAAGAAAAGCCUCAGCAAAAUGUGAGAGGCUUUUAGUAGCAAACUAAAUAUUGGAAUUAUCCAUCUCACCCUUCAAAAACACCUUUCAUACUGGACUAUUAGGAAAUGUAUCAGUAUUAUUGUAAAAGAGAACUAACAUUAUUUAUAAGAGCUCGCAAAAAUCUGGAAUUGACGAAAUGUUGUGUGGCUUUAGUUCUCUAAAGUUUCCCUUAAGUGAAAACAAUCCCAAGUUCAGGUUUCUGUAUCCUCAACAUCUGCUGUUGUAGUCCAAGCAGAAUGCAGUCACUUUUUCCUAUUUCAGUCAUGAUCUUAGGCAGCAAUUAAGCUUCAAUAAAGACUUACAUAAAUUCCUAUUAUGUCAUUAAUGGAUGAGAAAAUGACCUGGAAAAUGUUGAGAGGGUUGCUGUAAUAACCUCACUUCAGUAGUCAAAACUUCAGUGUUGAGAAACCUCAGCCUUUGUGACUUCCAGGACAUUGCAGGUGUAUGGGGUUUGUGUGGAAAGGUUUUGGUAGCAGGGAGCUACAGGGAUGGUGCUGGGAGAGGCUACUAAAGCUUUUCGUGUGCUGGACAGAACCAAUAGCAGCCAAUGGCCAAGAUGGACCUGCCAUUAGCCAAGGCUGAACUCAUCAGUGAUGGUGAGAGCCCCUCUGGGAAAACAUGUCUAAGGAGGAGAAAAAAAACGUGCACAAUGUUGUUGGAGCCAGGAGAGAGGAGAUACGGAAAAGCAACGAUUCUGUAGCCACUGAGGUCAGUGAAGGAGGAGAUGUGUUCCAGGUGCCAGAGCAGAGGCUGUGGUGCAGCCCAUGAUGAGGCCCUGCCCCUGCAGCCAUGGAGGCCAUGGGAGAGCUGAGAUUCACCUACAGCCCAGGGAGGACCCCAGACCAGAGGAGGUGGAUGCCCAAAGGAGGCUGUGACACUUCAGAGAGGGAAGCCUAUGCUGGAGCAGCUCCUGGUGCGACCUGUGGACCCAUGGAGAGAAGAGCCCACGGUGGAUGAGGUUUGCUGUCAGGACUGGUGACUCCUGGGGUGCCCACACUGGAGCAGUCUGUUCCUGAAGGACUGCAGCCUGUGGAAGGGACCCACGCAGGGGAAGAGAGGGAAGAGGAAGGAGCAACAGAAACGUGGUGAACUGACCACAACCCCAGUCCCUGUCCCCCUGCGCUGCUGGGAGUGAGGAGGUAGAGGAACUGGGGGUGAAGUUGAGCCCAGGAAGAAGGGAGGGGUGAGGGGAAGUUGUUCUAAGAUUUGGUUUUAUUUUCUCAUCACCCUACUCUGACUUCUUAUUGGUUUCCCCAAGUUGAGUCUGUUUUGCCCAUGACAGUAAUUGCUGAGUGAUCUUUCCCCAUCCUUAUCUUAACCCAGGAGCCUUUCAUUACAUUUUCUCUCCUCUGUCCAACUGAAGGGUAGAGUGGCUUCAGUGGGCACCUGACAUCCAGCCAUGGUCAACCCACCUCAACAGUGUAUUUUUAGGCUUUAUCUCUUCGGGACAUGUACCAUGUCUGUCCAUCUCUAGUCAUUCUGCUACAGUUCUUCAUGUUGCAUUUGAAAAUAAAAAUAUUUCUCUUGGAUGAUGAAAAAUAACUUCUUUUUUUUGUCCUUCUGGGGAAUUAUACCAGUAGAAUUGCACUGACAUAAUUAUGUUUGUCAAUCAGAUGCAAGGUUUGUUUGUGUGGGCACUGGCAAAGCACUGGAUUUGGUGCUUUUGGAAAUCUAACUCCAAAUAGUGUUGAUAUUUUUUUGUGUUACACCCACCCCUGCAACUAACUGGAGGAACACUGACUUAAAGGGAGUGAAACCUUUGCUGUCUUCUCUCCUAGUCACUCAUUUUCUCUCUAUUAAAAUGAUGGAUGGAAAAAACCCAACCUCCCAUCAAUCUCCAGUUACAAAUUAUUUUUAAAGUCUAUCGAAUGCCAAGACUUUUAUUUUCAUCCUGGGAGUGCAGAAGCAAAGUGAAGCCUUGUUAAUGUAGUGGCAGCUCAGAAUUCUUCUGGCUUACAGUCUCUCCUUUAUUUGCACUAAUUGUCUCCUUUUUUUAGUUUCCAACAGCAGGAAGGUUGACUACAAAGGUGCAGUUCUCUCUGAACUGCCAGAAACACUUAGCAAAGGUGUAUUAAAAAGUCUUUUUAGGAGGCAUCUCCCUUUCCUGUGUUGUUCCUAGUGAAAAAACCCAAACAAUGUGUCCCUUACCAAUCCCUCCCAAUCCCACAGGAGCUACCUGUUGGAAGUUAAGUCCUUUGUCUCCUGUUGCAUCAGCAGAUCAUCAAUAUUUACAGAUAUCUCAAUGGUGGGUGUCAGGAGGUUGAGGCAUCACAUUUUUUCUCUUGUGACGAGACAAGGGGUGAUGGAAAGAAGCUGGAGUUCCAUUUAAACAAAGAGUUCCAUUUAAACAUAAGGGAAAACUCUCACUGCUGAGGUGAGGGAGCCCUGGCCCAGGCUGCUCAGAGAGGGUAUGGAGGCUUCUCAGGAGGUUUCCAAACCCACCUGGAUACGUUCCUGUGUGACCCGAUCUAGGUGGACCUGCUUUGACAAGGGAGUUGGACUUAGAUGAUCUCUAACAGCCCCUUUCAGUCUCUACCAUUCUGUGAUCCUGUGACUCUUGAGACAGUGUUUGUGGCAUCUCUUGAAAAAGCCUUGCAGUUCUUAUAAAAACAGAUUUAUUUUGGAGCUCUUUCACAGCCUGUGUGGAUCUUGUUGAUUCUGCUCUUCUGUAAUCUGGAACAUCACUUCUAAACAGCAGCUUUUCAUUUUCUGGACUCUUAGCUGGUUGUUUUUCAAAAUCCAAGUCAUGUGCUGCCGUUAUGGAACCUGUCAGCAAUUUUUAGAGUGGAAAGAGCCAUUUAAUUUUCUUUCUCCUUUCAGUCUCUGUUUUUAAAGGAAAUAUGUUUGUGAAAAACAGGUGUUAGGGGCUGCUUCUUGCAGUGUGUACUCAUCUAUCAGCAGUGAACUUAGAGGAUUUCAUUUGAAUUGUGAAUAAUAGUAAGUGAAAACUUAACAGGCACAGGGUGUGAUGGCACAACGUGUUAAAUUUUGGCUAUUCUAACCUCCAGGAUAAACAAUACCUAAUUGGUGAUUGGUGAGGCUGGUUUGCCUCUCACAAAAAGCUGUUCAUGACUUGUUACUUGCAGAUGAUCCUUCAGUUUACUCUCAGCACUGGGUUAGUAGUUAUCUACACCUCUUAACUGAGAUUUCAAGUGACCCUCACAUUUCUUUUCAGAGUGGAAAUGUAAAAUCUACAUUGUACAGGAAGAUGGUAGAUGUUUAAGAACAGUGACAGGAAGCUCAUUUAAGAUCCUAUUGUGUAAACAGUCUGCUGGAAGGCUUCUUCCCCUGAUUCCUGUUCUUCAUCUGUGUGUAGAUAAUGACUACCAAAUAAAGGAUUUAUGUUUGUGACUAGAA